AUGGAGCAAAGCAAGUGGCACAUGCAGCUUCACGAGGGCCGCGAGAGCGCUCUUGCGUCCAAUCUCGAGCCUGUGGGGUAUGUGAAAGGUGUCACAGCUGAAAAGGGCUCGACCGGAACCGUCGCUAAAGCCGCAACCAAUACAUCGGAGCUCAAAAAGAAGCGAGCCAUGGAGAUCGGCAUGGCGCCGUUCAAGAGUCUGCUGCAGACGGGCUUUAUGAUGUGGAUGAGCGGCAACUCGAUAAACAUCUUUAGCAUCAUGAUCACAGCCAUGAUCGUCAUGAACACGACCAAGUCCCUCUUUACAAUGAACAGCGCGUUCGCCUCGGUAACCGACGGCGUCAUCGACUUGACGCAGCCCAAGGCCAUCUACAUGGCUGGCAGUCUGGUGGGCGCUGCAAUGGGCGUGUACAAAUGCUCCAACAUGGGUCUGCUGCCGACCACGAGCGCCGACUGGACGUGGCUGCUGCCCAUCAAACAAGCGGUCGAGACGUCGUCGUUUGUCUCAAGCUUCAACCAGUAG